AUGGCCCGGCGAGCCUGCUGCGUUGCUGCUGCGGCGGCCUUGUGUCUCUUUUGGGCGCAGCUUGCUGCUGCUGCAGCCCCCGAGCAGCAGCAGCAGCAGCAGCAGCAGCAGCAGCAGCAGUUGCUGCCGGCAGCAGCAGCAGCAGCAGAGGCGGCGCCAGAGCAGCAGCAACUCGCGCUAGUUCCACUCGCUGCUGCAGCGGCUCCCGCAGCAGCAGCGCCUGCAGCAGCAGCAGCAGCAGCAACUGCAUCAGCGCCAGCAGCAGCAGCAGCAGCAGCAGCAGCAGCAGCAGUGGCCCCCGAGCGGGCCUGGGACAUGCUGGUUGGAGACACUUUUGCUACAGUUUGGAGACAGCUGCAGGCCUUUUACGGGGACUCAAAAGCAGCAGCAGCAGCAGCAGCAGCAGCAGCAGCAGCAGCAAAACGGGGGGCCCCCCGGAGCAGCAGCAAAAAGGUAAAAGCAGCAAAAGCAAAAGACAAAAACCCAAAAAAGAAAAAACGCGUUUCUUUCCCGCUGCACCUCUUCAAGGGUUUCCGCCGCAGGGGGGCCCCCAAGAAGGGCCCCAAGGGGGCCCCCCAGGGGCCCCAGGGGGCCCCCCCGGGGGCACCUUCAGAAGAGUCUGAAGGAGAGACUGCAGAGGGGGCCCCCCAGGGGGCCCCCCAGGGGGCCCCCGAGGGGGCCCCCCCCGAGGGGGCCCCCCCCUCUGGGGGCCCCCAGGGGCCCCCGAAGCCCCCCCGGGCUUUUGCUGCUGAGACCCCACAGCAGCAAUCCCAAAGAAAGUCUUUUAUUAAUUUGCGGCUGCAGCAGCUAAUGGAGUCCAUUGACAUUUGGGCUGCUGCAGUUGAGGAGGCCCAAAAGGCCCAAGACUCGGGGGGCCCCCCAGGGGGGCCCCCCGGGGGGGCCCCCGAGGGGGCCCCCGGGGGGGCCCCCGAGGGGGCCCCCCAGGGGGCCCCCGGGGGGGGCCCCGAGGGGGCCCCCGGGGGGGCCCCCUCUGCUGCAGUGGAGGCAGCAAAGAAGCAAGCUUUGGGGGCCCUUGCGGAGGCCCAAGAGGCCCUUCAAAUGGGGCCCCAGGAGUUCACUGAGGCCUUUUAUAGGGCCCACCCGCCGAGGGGGCCCCUGGCGGGAAAGGGGGGCCCCCCGGGGGGCCCCCCCCCCCGGGGGGCCCCCCUGAGGCCCCUGGGGCCCCUGGAAGCUGCUGCGCUGCAGCGCACUGCAGCAGAAGCAGCAGCACUGCAAAGUGCUGCUGCAGGGAAGGCCAUCAGCCCCCAAGUGCUGCAGCAGCUGGAGCAGCAAAGAGCAGCAGCAGUUUUGGCUUUGGAGACUGCAGCAGCAGCAACUCGGCGGCGGGCGGAGGCCUACCUGCAGGUGCUGCAGGAGACUGCAGCAGCAGCAGCAGCAACUCUGGACCAGCAGCAAAUGAAAGAACUCAACAGAGCAGCAGCAAAGUGGCAGCAAAGAAAGAAAAGGGCAGAAGAGGCCCUCAAAAGGCUCAGCGACGCCGUGCGCAGCCAGCCCCCAGCAGCAGCAGCAGCAGCAGCAGCAGCAGCAGCAGCAGCAGCAGCAGCAGCAGGGGAGGCGGGGCAGCAGAGCGCAGCAGCGGCCCAGGACCGCCCAGCAGCAGCAGCGGAGGAGGGGGACCGGCCCGCCGCAGCAGCAGAAGACCAACCCGCAGCAGCAGCAGCAGCAGCAGCAGCAGCAGCAGCAGCAGCAGCUGAGCCUCCCCACUCCCCUGCAGCAGCAGCAGAGGGCCCCCCAGCUGCUGCUGCUCCCGAGGGGCCCCCCGCGGGAUCGCCUCCGGGAGACGAUCCCAGCAAAGCCGAUCCCGAUCCCCAGGGGGGCCCCCCUAAAACCCCCCUCAAACGCAGCCAGCUGCUGCUGCAGGUGGGGCCCCCGGGGGCCCCCCUCAAGGGCCCCCGACCCCUGGGAUCGUCUGGGAUCGUCUUUGUGGGGUCCCCAGGGGCCUCCCCAGAAGUCUCCAGAAGGGUCCUGGGGGGCCCCCCCCGGCCCGCCCCCACAGGGGGCCCCCAGGGGGCCCCCACAGUAAGGGCCCCCAUCCCUAUAGGGGACCCCCAGGGGGCCCCCUCGGGGUUCCAAAGUGAACCCAGGGGGGCCGAGGGGGCCCUAAGAUUGGACUUGGGACUUGAGGGGGAACUGCCUGUGAGCCCUGUGCAGCCAGCAGCAGCAGCAGCAGCAGCAGGAGCAGCAGCAGCAGGUGCAGCAGCAGCAGAAAGGCCCGCGUCCUACGGCGGAGCAAAGACACAAAGACCCACAGACCUCAGGAUGCUUCACAGAGACUAA